AUGCAAAACCAAUUAAAUGGAAUGGAUAGGCCCCAAACGAAACAAAAUAGUACCACAGGCAUUUAUAAUGAAUUAAGUAAAGAUGAGAUAAAUCAUGUUCAUUUUAAAACAAAACUUGAUGAUAAUAAUAAUAACCGAUUGAAGCAUAACACCUUUAACAGUUUAAAAUAUCAAAAACAAAAUGUGAUGAAUUCCCAUCAGUUGCCUUUUAAUGAUUCUACAAACAACAAUGGAUUUUAUUCUAUAAAUAAUGAUCAUAAUAAAGAAAUAACAAAAAAUAAAAUAGUGACUCAAGGGAAUGAAGGUUAUAUUAAUGAAAAUAUAAACUCUUCCUGUAGCACAAUGCCGUUAUUGAAUAGUAAUAUUAAUUAUAAAAGUUCUAAUUUUUUUGAGAAUAAUAAUAUUUUCGACAAAAAAAAUGAACACAAUAUGAAAAAAGAUAUAUAUAUAAAGGGAAAUUGUGUAAAUAUAAAUGAAGUGAAUAAUAUAAGAACAUCAUCCAGUGGUAAUAAUGAAAGUAAUGCACAUUUCAAUACAUUUUUUAAUAUAAAUAAAAAUAAUUUAAUAAGUGAUAAUAUAAAUCCAUUGGAUAACAUUCAAUUUAUUAACUAUAUAAAUAAUAAUGAAUAUCCAACGAAUAUUACUAAUCAUAUUGAUACUUCAAAUAAUCAUAUAAUAAAACAAAACGGAAAUGAUUUUUUACCAUAUAAUAAAUUUUCUAUAUCUGAAAUGCAUUCUACAUAUCCUUACCUAGAUUAUAUGAAGCGUAAUUCAUAUGCUGAUACAAAUAUUAGCAACAUGCGAAAUGAAUUUGGCUUCAACAAUGUUAAAAAUAGUAAUUCCAACAACAAACCUAUUGAAGGGGGCCCUACUUUUAUUUAUAAUAAUAAUUGUUAUGUAAACAAUAACCCUCAAAACCCGUUGUAUAUAAAUAGAGAAAUUUUAUCACGUCAGCCAUCUAACCUCGUUGAUUAUAAUAAUAGUUAUAUUAAUGAUAAUAAUUAUAAAAUAAAUAGUUCCAAUUGUUUAGGGAAUGAUAACUAUAUUGAAAAAACCUCAAAUGUUUUAAAAAAUGAGGUGACAAAUAGAAAUAUGGAAUUACCUCAUAUCGUAAGUUCAACUAAUAGUUUUAAUUGCAUCGUAAAUAAUAGCAUGGGACAAGUUAAUGCAUAUGAAAAAAUUAACCAAAAUAACUAUAGGCAAACAGAUUCGUUACAUAAUAACAUAUUGAAUGCGCAAAAUAACAUUAUUUAUGACAGUGAAAAACAUAAUUUACAGAAUAACUUUGAUUUUAUGUCUCACAGUGGACAAACAAAUACUAAUAAGACCAAAGAUAACAACCAAAAGUCUAAUAAUUUCGAAAAUUAUAGAAAUGAAGUAAAUGAUAACAGGAAUAUGCCAAUCCUUGAUAAUAUGGGCAUGGAUAACAAAUUCCGAAAUUCAACUAAUAAUGAUGAUUUAAAAAUAAAUAAUACAAAAACUGAUACACCGAUUUUUAAUCCUAAAUAUUAUCAAGAUACGAGUUCAUUGAAUAUAUUUAAUGGAGAAAAAAACACACAAAUAAAUAAACCGCAACUUGUUAAUCAUAGUAAUGAGUUAAACAAUUCUACUUAUACAAAUAUAGUAUAUAAUAAUUAUAAUAAGUAUGGCCAUAAUUUUAAUUAUGGUAUGGUAAAUUCACCAGACAAAUUUAAAAUGGAAAAAACAGAAAAUGUUAGUUAUUGGGAUGAUAAUAAACCCAUUUGUAAUAACAAUUCUUCUGAUAUUUUUCAACGAAAUUAUUCUAACAUUAAUGAAUAUGAACAAAAUAAUUACAAAGAAUCUAAUAUGCCCAGUGGUUAUACUGAUUCGGAAAAGACUUUACAAACUUAUUGUUUUGUAAAUUUACCUUCAAAAAAUGAAAUAAAUAAAAAUAACCAAAUUAAUAAAUUAGAAGAAUACAAUAUUAAAAAAGAGGACGCCAAUAUAAAUACCCAUUAUUUCAACAACUGUAUAAGUUUAGAUAAUGAACAAAAUUUUAAUAACUUCACUAAUUUUAAUAAACAAAACGAAAAUAAAAAUAAUGAUGUAGCACAUUCAUAUGAACUUAGUCUACUCAAAGAGGAUCAUGAUGGUGCGUAUAAUAAUAAUGAUAAAUAUUUUGAAGAUAUGGAACAGCAAAGAAAAAAUAUAUAUAAUUUUUAUUUACAAUCAUUUUUAAACAGUAUAAACAAUGUACGUGAUAGUGUAAAAAUUAACCAUGGGGAUAUCCCAAACAACAUACCAAAUGAUGAACAUAUAGAAUGUAAUAAUACUUUUGAAACUGAACGAUGUGAAAAUAAAGAAAUAAUAACUCAACAAAAUAAUGAUAUAGAUAAUAUGGUAUUAUUUAAUUUAAAACACAUGAAAAAUAAAAAACUUUUAAAAAAUUUUCCAAAAAUAAAAGAAUAUUUUUCAUAUGUAGAUUAUUAUAUUAAGUCAUUACGCUUAUUAUAUACUAAACUAUUAAGUAAUAGAAAUUUAAUAUUUAUAUUAGCUAGUGAAAUAUUAUCAAAAAAUAAUUCAAGUGAUAUAAAAAAUAUAUACAAUUCUUCAUAUUAUAGUGAUAAAUAUUCAUAUAUUAAAGAAUUGAUAUCAAUUUUUUUACCAGAACCUCCUAUUUUUCCACCUUUGCAAAUAUGGUUAUAUUUUGGUAAAAAAUAUGCAUCCCAAUUACAUAAAUUGCAUCUAACCAUUUAUAUAAUAUAUCAAAAAAUUAUCUACAAUUUUUCUAACAUAUUACUACAAAUAAAUAAUGAUCAAAUAAACCAUUCAGAAAAAAGAGGAUAUACCAAAAAACAUGUAACCGAUUCAUUAAAUUAUUACCGUGUUCGUGAAAAUAAAAUAAAUGAAAAAGAACACUUAUGUCAGUAUAUUAAAAGAGGAACUUUGCUAAAUAACCCCACGAAGAAUAUAGAUCCACAAAAUAAUAAUAAUAUACUUUUAACUCAAGAUUCAGCUAUUUUAUCAACGGGUAGUAAUGAUCAUGGUAAACUUAGAAAUAGUUAUUGUGCUCCCCAUGAAGAAGGGUAUAAAAAUAAUUAUAUUAUCGAACGUCAUUUAUUCCAAAUAAAUCAAAAAUUGGAAAAUAUAAUGAGUUCAGUUAAUAAUAUAUCGAAUUUUAUAAAAUUUUCAAAAGAUAUAAAUAAUGAUAAGGAAGGAGAAAAAUGCGACAAUACAACUAAAUCAACAAAUGAUAAUGCAUGUAAAACUUGUUAUAUAAAUGCCGAUCCUGGAUUUCCAAUUGUUCAAAUUAAUUCUGACCCCAAUGGUGAAAAUCUGCAUGAUAAAAAUGCAGUUGAUGUUGGGAAUGAUGAUAAUCAAAAUAAUAAUGCAGGAAAAGAAGACGAAAAAAAUGAGUCCCACGAAAAUAAUAAGCUUGAUAUAAGUGAGAAUAAUACAUGGGGAAAUGAACAAAUAGUUACAUAUGAUAAUUUAGAAAAAAAUAAUAUUAACACUAAAGAUGAAAAAAGUGAUACUCUUGAUGAUAAUAUUAGUUCCUUUGAAAAAUUGGAUAUUAUGAAUGAUUCAAUGUUAGAAGAUGAUUCUCAAAAAAUUGUGGAUGCAAUAAAAUAUGAAUUGAAAGAAGUAUAUAAUAAAAUAAAAAAUUUAAAUGUAUAUGGUAACUAUAUGGCAUUAGCUAGUAACACUUUUGUUUCGAAUAAUGAAUUUGGAGAGCCAAAUACCCAAUUUUCUCAUUUUGGUGAUAUGAACAAGUAUGAUGAUAAUCAUAUUAAUAUAUCUAGUAGACAAAAUUCUGAUAUAUUUAAAUUAUUUCCAAAUACAAUCUUUAGUGAAAAUAAUAAAAAAUAUAUCGAAGACAAUAAACAAAUAUUAAAUGGAAUGAGUAAUAAUACUAUUUUUACAAAUGAAAAUAUAAAUACGAGUAUAAUAUCCGAUUUAAAUUAUGCAGAUAAUAUUUUUAAAAACUUUUUAUUUUUAUCAGAAAAUAUAUACAAUAGUUUAUCGAAAUAUGGAAGUUACUCACUUAAGGGAAAAAUAAUGGGACAAAAUAAUUUGGCACAACUUCGAAACUUCGAUCCAACAAAUAAACAUACCGAAUUAAAUAAUUUAGAGCAAAUGUAUAAUUAUCAGUUAAUACCAAUAAGUGAGAUUUGUGAAGGGAAAUCAUUUCCUGAUCAAGAUCAUAUAAAUAUAUCUAAAUAUAAGGGACCAAAUAAUAAUAUCGAAACAGAACAAAUUGACACAUUAACACCAAUCCCUAAUAUACAUCAGAAUGAAGAGAAUGAUAUAAAUUUAAAUAUAUUUAACAAUAAAAAUAAUUUAUUUUUUUAUGAAGAAAAUAAUGCUUAUAAUAUCAGUGAAUCAAAAAAUAUAUAUGCAAACAUGGAUGAAAAGUUUGAUGCUAAUAAAGAGGGAAACAAUUAUUAUAUAAGCUCCAAUUUAACUGGCACAAAUGAAAUAUAUUCCAAAAACAACAUCCUUUUACAAAAUGAGAAGAAGAACCAAGACAAUACUAUGAUAAAUCCCGAUACAAAAUUUUCACCGUAUAAUAAUUUAGAACAACAUCAGAAAAUAUAUCCUACAAAAGUUGAAAAUGAAAAAGAAGUGGGCGUUUUAAACCUAAGAAAAUCGACUUCAAAUUGUUAUGAAAAUAAUAGUAGUAAAAAUGGAAAUAUAAAUCGAAACUUUAUUAUUUAUAAAGACCAAAAAAAUGAUCCCCAACAAACAUAUAACAAAGAAAAUUAUUAUUUUCCAUCCAAUAAUGUAAAUAUAAAUCACACUAAAUUAAUGCAACAAAACUAUUUUACAAAUAACAUUUUUAACAAUAAUUGCAAUGAAAAUUAUCACAAUAAUUAUCAAUAUACCAAAAAUAAUGGAAAAGAUGAUAAGCCUAAUGAUAAUUUUUCUUAUACAACUAAUUAUAAAGAUAGUAAUAGUAAUAGCCAUACUGAAGGCAAUAUAAGUAAUAUAAAAAAUAUUAUGAACACACCCCAUGAGGAUAGAAAUGCAAAUAAAAUAAAUGAUAGUACUAUAUGCAACAAAUCGAACUGUAAUGAUAACCAAAGUAAUUAUCUUAAUAUAAUAAAUAAUUCUGAUCAAUAUAUUAAUAGCAUUUCCCAAAAUGAAGAAAAUCAAUAUCUUGAAUCUUUUGUAGAUAAUAAUAACUCAUAUAAUAUAUUAAAUAAAAGAAAUAGUAAUUCGUUUAUAUAUAAUGAUAUAAAUGAAAAAAAUGAAAAUAAUAUUUAUUAUACUAACAAUUUAAAUACACAGCCUAUGCCUAAUAAUAAUUCUAUUCAAUAUGAUAUCAACUAUUAUUCAAAUAAAAAAUCUGAUAAACAAACUAAUCAACAUAAUGAACAUAUAAAAUACCUUUCAAAUAAUAUUAUUAAUAAUCAACAAUUUAAUCAUAAUAUUAACAACCAAAUAAAUACCAUUUCCUUAGACAAUUUGCAAAUGCAUAUUGACAAUUAUAAUACCAAAUUUUUACAAAAUAUAAAUAAUAACAGUCCUGAAAAUUUAAUGUCAAAUAAAUAUAUUUAUCUCAAUUCGAAGAAAUAUAAUAUUCCAGAAUCUAAUAUAAAUUGCGAUAAUAGAAUGGGUAAUACUCAAAUGCUUGAUAUGAACAAAUCAGAUAAUAAUACAAACUAUUAUAACAACAAUAGUAGUAAUUAUUUUAAUGAUUUAACAAAUUAUAAUGAUUUAAAAAAUAACGAAAUGCAAUCAAUAGAUCAGAUGAAAAAUGCAAAAUGUACUGAUACAAAAAAUGAAAUUCAACCUUCCAAUCCUCAUUAUACAAACUCAUUUAUUAACUUAAAUGAAAAUAAUAAUUUCCCAAUCAAUAAUAACACAAACAGUUGUAUAAAUACUAACAAAGAUGAAUUUAUUUCAAAUUAUCAUACUCAUUCUGAUACUCCAAAAAAUUAUGAUGAUAAUUAUAAAAUAACUAAGGAAUAUAAUAGAGAUGAAGUAUUAGAAAAUAAAAACUACAUAUCAACAAACAGCAGUGAUAGUGAAUAUCGAAACCAAAUGAUAUACACAAUGGAAAAAGAGUUGAAUAAAAAGAAAUAUAUAGAAAAUUAUACGAAAAAUGUUUUAAAAAGCAAAGAAGAAAAUAUGCCUUUAGAAAAUUUUAAAGUAGGGAUAGACAAACUUAACAAAUGCAGUAGCAACAUUGAUCAAUUUGAACAAAAUGACACAAAUAGUCUCGUUAAAACCCAAGAUAUGGAUACAAAUCAAAUAAAUGAUAUAAAUAAAAAAAAACUAAAAAAAAUGCUUGAAAUAACAAAUCAAUUAAUUGGAAAAAAAUAUAGAGGUAUUUCUUAUGAUCCAACCAGAAAUGGAUGGUCAACAUUUGUAUAUAAAGAUGGAGUUAGAUAUAAAAAAUUUUUCUCUUCAUUAAAAUAUGGAAACCUAUUAGCAAAAAAAAAAUGUAUAGAAUGGAGGGUCAAAAAUUUAAGUCCAGAUUCUCAUGCAUAUAUUUUUUCUGUUAAAGCAAGAGAUGAAUUUAAUUCGAUAUUAAAUGAUAAUAUUGAUGAAAAUUUUAAUUAUGUAUAUGAUGAAAAAAAUACUAAUAAUAAUACUCAAGAAACACCUGACCAAAAUAAUAACAGAGAUAUAUUUUAUGUUAAUGCCUUUUUAAAUUUAUUCAAUAAAGAAAAUAACCAAACUGAUAUUUCAAAUCAAAAUGAUAUAAUAAAUAAAAAAGAUACCAUCGAAACUUCCAAUAAACGAAAAAAGGGAAUAAAAAAUAAAAAUAAUAUGGUUACUUUAAAUGAUAAUGAUAAUUCAAAUGAAGAAAAUGUUCAUAAUAUUUAUUGCCAAACCUAUGAAGAAGGAAAAAACACAUCUAAUAAUGAUAUAAACUUCGAUAAUCAAAUUGGGAAUGAAACAUUAAAAGAUAUAGAAAUGCAAAAUCAAGAUCCCCAUGAAAUAUAUAUCACUAAAAAAAACAAUUAUGAGGAUUCUCAAGUAAAAAAUAGUUUUUUAAAUGUGCCAUAUGAAGAGUCAUUAUCGAAAAAUAGAAAAGAAGAUAAUGAUAGUAAUUCUUUUUAUGCUAAUGAUAUCCAUACUUCUCAAAAUGAAAAAAAUGAGGAUGAUCUAUCAAAAGCUGUAAACACUGAAAUAAGUUAUAAAAAUUGCUAUCCAAAUAAUUACAAAAUAAAUAUAGUACAAAUUGAAGAAGCCGAAACAAUACAAAAUAUUGAUCUCAACAAUGAAUAUUAUAUAAAUAGUAACAAAAAAAAUGACCAUUCUUAUGAUGCCUUAAAUUCGACUUACAACUAUGGUAAUGACGAAAAUAACUUGUCACUUAAACAGUUAGAUAAUAAAAAAAAAAGAAAAAGAGAUGUUAUAAAAUGUGAUGAAAUUAUAUCAAAUGGUGAAAAGGAAAAUUUUGAAGGAAUGAGACCCCAUUGUGGGGACUCAGAAGAUAAAGCCAACGAUUCGGUCAAUCUCGGUGCAAAUGGAUCAUCCAUUUUAUACAAUUUUUUGGAAGAAAAAAAUAACGAAGAAGAAAUAAUAAAUAACCUAUUUGGAAUUGCAAAAAAUGACGUAAAUUUACAGAAAGAGCAAAUGUAUAAAGAUGAAAUAAAUGCACAAUAUGAAAAUGUUGGUAUCAAUUAUAAUGACCAUGAUAAGGAUGAGAAAAAAACAGAUGGAAAACAAAUAUGGGAACAUAGAAAAUGGAAAAAUAUGGAUCAAUAUGUGGAGGAAAAAAAUGACAAAGAGCUGUAUGAAGAGAGAUGUGCUACCCCCCCAAAUGAAAAUACUCAAAACAAUAUUCAAGGAUACGAAAAAGAUAACAAAAAAGAAACAAUAAACAAAAAAAGAAGAAUGUUUAUAGAAAAUAUAGAUAUUGAUGAUAAAAGUUAUUAUGUAUAUAAAGAGACAUUACUUAACUACAUGAAUAAAUGUAACUAUACAAAUGAAGAAGAGAAAAAAAUAUUUAUAAUGUUUUUAAAAUUUAACAAAGAAUGGGUUUUAUUAGAAUUAGAUGGGUUAGAAGAUAUAUAUCAUGAUUAUUUUAGAAAAAAAAUUGAAGCUUUUUAUAAAUCAUACUUAAUAAAAUUGAAGGUAACUAAAACCCAGACUAAUGACAAUACAGAUGAUGAAAUCGAACAAGCACAAAAUAAAACAUGUAAAAAAACAAAAAACAACAUACCUAACAAAAUAGCAAAUAAACGAAAAGAACAAAUUAGAGAUCUUCAAUUAAUUUUUGAAAAAAAAGUAAAUACUUCAUGGAUGUGUAUGAUAUUCCCUAUACAUUUUUUAUACAUAUUUAGCUAUAAAAUAUUUUGUAUACUUAAAUAUACUACAAAAAAAAGUAAGAAAAAAAAGAAAAAGGAAAACUCAGAUGAUGAUGAUAAUUGUAGAAAAAAUAAUUAUGAAGAUGGUGAAAAUAAUUAUAUAAACUUCAAUAAUGAUAAAUAUGAAGAAAAAGAUAAACAACUGACAAGCAAAUUUAAAGGAGUAAAUUUUAUAAAAUAUAAAAAAGCCUGGUGUUUUACAUAUAUAGAUGUAGAUGAUAAAAAAAAAAAAAAAUUAUUUCAAAUAGACGAUUAUGGAUUUAAAGAAUCAAAAGCAUUAUCUAUUUUAUUUCGAAAAAGUUUUGUAUAUCAUUUAACAAAAAUGCACACAUUUUUAAACAGUUUGAUAUUUAAUAAAAAUAUUAAUAUGAAUAUUUGCAAUGAAUUUGAUGAUAAAUAUGAAAAUAAAAUCAUUAAUAAAGAACUUAAUGCAAAUUCUAUUAUUUAUAAUGGGACUGUAAAUGAUUAUAUUGAGCAUUAUAAAAGAUAUGAAGAAUUUUUAGUAUGUUAUGGAAAAAUUAUUUAUUUUAAUGAAAUGAAAAAUAUAUAUUUAAAUUCAGAAGAUAAACAAAAUGUAUUAAAUUAUAUACCAAUAGAAAUACAUAACAAAAUAACUAAUGAUAUUGAACCUAUAAAUUUAUUAAUAGGAACAAGAAACUAUUUUUCAAAAAAAUCAAAACUUUUUACAUUACCAAAAGGUAUUGUUUAUUUAUCAGGAUAUUUUUUAUGGGUUGUAUUAUUUUUAAAUCAAAACAACAAAGAAGUUAUUAUAUCUUUUUCAGUUCGAAAAUAUGGUUUUGAAAGAGCUAGAGCAAAAUGUAUAGAAUGUUAUUAUAUUUUAUUAAAUAAAUAUGCAUUUAGACCUAUAAAUAUUUCAGGUGUUAUUGAUCUAAUUUUAGAAAAUGAUUUAGAAUCAAAAAGUUAUAACCUUUUAGAUUAUUCUAAUGAAAAUAUUAUAUCAUUAGAAAAUUUAUUUUAUUUUUUCUCGCCUUCAUCUUAUGUCCUUAAAAAUAAUACCCUAUAUAAAAAAAUUAAUAACAAUCCAGCUCUUACUUCUUAUUAUGAUUCAAUAUUCCCUGGUGAGUAUGAGCAAAUUAGUUCAUUAGAUAUAUUUCAAAAUUUUGAGGCAUGUCACAAAAUCGAUGAAACAAAUGAAUCUACUAAUCCCACAUCCAUAGAUCUAGGCCAAGGGAAUUCCUUACAUUCUUCAAACACAUGGAAUAAUAAUAUUGAAACGAAUACCAAUUUUAAUGACAAAGAAAAUGGUGCUAGCACUCCGAUUGAACAUACCCCUAUUGAUCAAAUAUUUUUUUCUAAUAAUACUGUUGAUGCUGAAAAAAAAAAUAUACCAUUAUAUUUCACAGACGAUGAAACCAAAAAAAGGAAGCAAUUAAACAUAGAUUUCCAAAAUACAGAUAAUAUGACUAACCAAUUUAAUAUCAAUAAUAAUUCCCACCUUUUGAAUACUUAUUGUGAUAUAAAUUUCGAUAGUAGAAGUAAAUCCCCUAAUUCAGUAGAAAGAGAAAAUAUGGGAAAUUCUUUUAAUGAUUUUUGUAUGCCAAACUAUAUAGAGCAUAAAGUUGAAUUAGAUGAUAAACUGAAUAAUGAAAAAACACAUGAUGCAAUUACCAUCCCAUUAACAACAUCAAACAUAUUUGAUAAUGAUACCACUCCGGAAUAUAUAGAUAAAAAUUAUUACUCUAGUAAGGAUGAAAAUGAAAAUAUGACGGAAUUAGGCAGUGAAACAAAAAAUAUACCUCAUCUUUAUUAUGAGCACGAACAUAUAGGAAAUAAUAAUCAUAAUAAUGCAUUUAUUCAUCCAAAUAUCUCCAAACAAUCGAUGAACAAAGAUAUAUACAGUUUUUUAUGUGACAACAAUUUACAAGACUGUUAUUUAAAAAAACAUUAUAAUGAACUAUUUAAUAAUAAAGAAGUAAAUAAUUAUGUGUUUAAAAAAGUAAGUAAAAAAGAAGAACAUCUUGGAAUUUUUAUUCUACUAAAUUCUCAAUGGCUAUCUGAUUCUUUUUUUGAUAAUAUUAAUCAAAUUGAAACAAAAUAUGCUGAUAUUUAUUCCUUUGAAAAUUAUUUAAAUACUCGUGAAGAAGUUCUUAAUUGGAAACAUCAAAAAACAUUUAUUAAAGAUUGUUCAGAUAUUUCAAAAAAAUUGCCAAGAAUUGUUGGGGUACAUUAUGAUUCCCAUGCAAAUGCUUGGGUUGUUAGUUGUACUAUAAAUAAAAAAAGGCGUGAUAAAAAAUUUUUAGUUAAAACAUUUGGCUUCUUACAAGCUAGAAAAUUGGCAAUAGAACACAGGAAAAAAUUGCUUCAAUCUUCAAAAAGGAAUAUACCAAACGAGGACAAGCAAAAUACUAAAUAA